CUCUCAGUUGUGAUCAAAUUAUGCUUCCGUCUGCGUAUUUUUAUGUUACCGUGUAAAAUUUCAAAAAUAUGAAAAUUUUCGAGGUCGGUUCGGAUCUUGUAAUAGCUGAUUAAUGUUUUUUCGCAAAUCAUCAGAAAUUCGCCAUUACUAACGACGGAUCAGAGAUAAUGAGUGUGACGGCCGAUCCUUGGACAGGCAUCGGUAACAACAGUAUUGAUCGAGACUCGACAGAGAUAGGCGGAUCAGCGGAGGCAGCAUCAACAUUACAAUUUGAAGAUAACUUUGAACCUGUAGUGGAAGCUUCGUCCAACAAUAAUCAGCUCCCUCGAGACGGUCGACUUCCAGAUUCCGAUAGCUAUCUGGCUACCUUAGAAAGCCGUUUGAAACGCCUGAAGACCAACCCGAGCGUCCUGCAGCAGCUGGCCGAACGGCGAGAGGCUUGCAUGCAACAUCUGCUGAACGAUUCGACAGCGCCAAUCGGAAACGAUCUCAGCUUGUACCUCGAGCUGGACGAGCCAGUCAACAAUCGGGAAAUCUUGCGUCUAAUCCGGCCCGAACAGCCCCUAUCGGUUGCAGAGGUGGUCCAUUUGGUAAAUCACGAUCAACUUGAGCGGCAGCAACAGGAACAACAGGAUCUAGCUGCUGUAGAAUUUGCCACAGGCAAGGACGGGGAGGAAAGUGGAACGGAAAGCUCGACCAGUCGCUAAGUCACGAUAAUUAAGCGGAGACCCUCCAAUCCAAAGGGAGCAAAAUGUCUACGGACAGCAGCAGCAAUGCGAUCAACUUCUCCCAGGUGGCAUACCUGCUGGUAACGGGAGCUUCGCGAGGCAUCGGCCAGCGUAUGGCUAUCGAAACGUCCCGCAAAUUUAAACCCGGCUCCAUUGUGGUUCUGUUGGCACGAUCGGCCUCCGGAUUGGAAGCGACCCGGGCGGAGAUAUUGGAUGCCAACCCGCACAUCACUGUCGUUACCAGUUCGGUAGAUUUGAGCAACGCUUCCAAGGAUUUGCUGGAGGAAAUAAUAGAAAAAUCGCUGGCCAAAACUCCAUUGGAGACUUUUGAACUGGCCGGUAUCAUUCAUAAUGUUGGCACAAUUGGCAAUGUUGAAAGGAAGGCUAUCGACAUGGAUGACCGUCAGGAAUGGGAAGAUUACUUCGCUACCAAUGUUGUAACGGUUGGUGUUUUGAACAGCUGCUUUUUGCGGAAAUUUAAGGCUAGUCCUUCGAAGUUGGUAGUAAAUGUUACUUCGAAGGCUUGUAUCAUUCCCUUCAAAAGUAUGGGCUUCUAUUGUUCCGGUAAAGCUGCUCGCGAAAUGUACUUCAAAGUACUGGCCGAUGAAGAACCGGGUCUUGUAGUGCUCAACUAUUCACCUGGCCCGGUUGAUACCGACAUGACCAUUGAUAUUCAAGGCCGCUCGAAUGCCGAAGAGAUUAGAAAUUAUUUUAGGGGAUUGAGAGAAACUACAACGAUCCUUACUACUCAACAAACAACUGCGAAAUUUUUAAGCAUUCUCGAAGACGGCCAGUUCAAGUCCGGAGAUCAUGUUGAUUACUACGAUUAAAACAGGGUUAAAACGACCGAAAAGAAACAUUCCACUUAUACCUUAGAUUGUGCUCCGUGUUGUCUGUUAUUUUUUAUACUCAUUUGCAUCCAAUAAAUAUACAUCUAUUAUAGCUUCAAGCAAAUAACCUGUGU